AUGCGAAAUUACAGAACUUAUCACAUCAGAAGGCGCAAUUUAAUCAAAGAUAAUACAUCCGUUGCGGAUUAUAUAAAAACGUACCGCUGCUUGCGGCAAGAGCUGGGAGCUGAAUUGAUACAUCGUGAUUUUGAAAAACUUUAUCCUGGAAAAAGUGAUUCGCUGCUCAACAGAUGGGAUGCUAUUCGCACACGGCUUUCUGAAUUAUUACAGGGUCCCCGCAAACCGAAAGGUUUGGAUAACGAACUGCUGGUUAAUAAACUGAAAACGUUGAGUCCUGAGAAUCAAGAUGCCCUGAUAUUAUACCUUCUACCAACAUUGGUUAAAGCGACACAAAUUAAAUACCAGCCAGUGACCAAGAAACGAAAAAUCGCGGAUUCAGAAAGCAGUUGCAACAGCGUAGGAAAAGGACGAAACAAAAAACCGUCAACCUUGGAGUCACAGGAAGCAUUUGUUUUACAUGUCUAUAAUGCUGCGUCCGUGGAGCCGGCAAUAGCUAAUAAAAAGGCACAGCUACUACAGCAAGGACUAACGGCGCAACCCCACAUAGUGCUUGUCGGACCGCUGGAUAAUAUUCAAGCCAGCUAUGUAGUGGUAGAUGAUGUCAGGUACACGACGACGUCUCCGCUGAGGGCACUAGAUCUUACCUUUAAAACAUUUUACGCUACCGAUUGCCAGUAUCCAAUCCAUGCGUUUCACAUUUGGCUCUUCAUUCAGAAGGUAGCAUAUGACAUCACAAACACGGGUGACAAAUUUGGUACCAAUAUAAAUACCCUCAUUGGAGAAGUGCUCUCUUAUAAUCAAGCCCUCUAGAUUAACAUACCGUAAUGUCGUGCUUUGUGUGCCAGUGUAUAUUUCCUAGUAACUCCGAACUAC